AUGAUGAAUUUAGAUUUUUAGGGUUAAGGAGCUCAAGGAUUAGUUGUAUUAGCAAAGGAAAAAUCAACUAACAAGAGGUAUGCUAUCAAAGGAAUUCCUAUUAAAGAUUCAAAGGACAAUGUUGAUCAAGUUAUUUUAGGUUAAGUUUAGUAAGAAAUCUAAAUGCUCAAUUAAUGCAAGGGCUCUCCUUAUGUAGCCAAUCUUCUACACAAGAUAGAAGGAAAUGAUUAUAUCUUCUUAGUCCUUACCGAAUGUUUAGGAACAUUGAGUGAUAUUAUUAAGAAUACCUAAAAUUAAAGAUUGAAUGAGUUAUCUGCUAUUAAAUACACAAAGGAUAUUGCAGAGGGUCUUUACUUUAUUCAUUCUAAGAAAUGCUUAGUUAAUGAUCUGAAGAUGGAUAAUAUCCUAAUUGAUUACAAUGGAAACGCAGUUGUUUCUGAUUUUGGAUUUGCAGAUAAUCUCACUUAAUAAUCUGGAUAUGCUUUUGAUGAAUAUAAAGGAAAUAUUAUAUUCCAAGCUCCAGAAUGUUAUGAUCCCUCAAAAUUUGAUAUUUACUCUGAGGAAUACAAGAACUUAGGAGUAGCUGUAAAGUAAAAACCAAGUCAAAGAAGUGAAGCAUGUUCUUUAGGUUAUUUGUUAUAUACAAUGAUUUCAGGAUUUUAAGCGAAUUUAGUUUUUAGCAAGCACCAACCUUUGCAAUAUAAUGCAGACUUCUAAAACCUUGCUUAUGAGAAAUAGCUUCGAUACAUAAUUGAUGGAUUGACAAAAUUCAUUCCAAGAGAGAGGUUAAAGGUUAAGGAAGCUUUAAUAGUAUUAAAAGGAAUUGUUUCUUUUGAAUUUGAUUUAGAAAGCAAAUUUAUUGAAGUUAUGGAUGAUGCAGAAGCUCAGUAAUACAUCAGAUAGUUUAGAUAAGACAUUGAAUAUGUUCAGGGUUUUGAGAAUAAAUUUUACCCAAUCAUUAAAAAUGAAAAGGAAUUAGUCUAAUAUCUCAAUUCUUAGAUUGAUGGAUAAAAAUAAAAACAUGAGGCAGUUAUUAAUGAAUUAAACUAAUAAAUAAAGGAAAUGUAAAAAGUAAUAGAUGGUUUGUUAAAUCAAUAGGAGAAAUAGGGAAAUUAAAAAUAGAAUAUUUAACCUUUUUUUUCAAAUUAAUAAGCAAGUUCUUAAUAGGUUUUCUAGAAAUAGCCAGUAUAAGGUCACCAAGAUUAAAUCUAGAAUCAAAAAAUAGAAAAAAAAUCAGACGUUCAGAAUAAUUAGCAAAAUCAAGAGCAAAUAAAGAUUGAUUAAUAAGCUAGCAAAAAACCAACCAAGUAAUUUAUUUAUUUCAUCAACUUGUAUGAAGAAACAAUAAAUUACUUGAUUUAUGACUAAGAAUAAAACUGGCAAUUUUUAUUUUAUCUUGAAAUGGAAAUCUUAAUAAGUUUAAUUUAAAAAAUGAGCUUUUACUUUAACUAAAUACAAAAAGCAAAACAAAACAAAGCAAAUAGCCUUUUUAAGUUAUCUAUUCCUAUUAAGCAUUACUUAUUUGGAACCCAAAAAAUGAGAAGCAUGAUUUCAAAUAUAAUCAUAUAACUUUCUUUAGAAAGCACAAAAAGAAAAAGAAUAAAAUUUUUCAAAAUCAAAAAUUUGUUUAUAGCUAUUCUCGCAAAAUUGUUUCUUGAGUUAGAAAUAUUGACUUAGUAAAAUAAUAAAUACUAUAGGGUUCGAAAUUGA